AUGUGCAUCCUUACACCAGAGUUUAUGUGCAUCCUUACACCAGAGUUUAUGUGCAUCCUUACACCAGAGUUUAUGUGCAUCCUUACACCAGAGUUUAUGUGCAUCCUUACACCAGAGUUUAUGUGCAUCCUUACACCAGAGUUUAUGUGCAUCCUUACACCAGAGUUUAUGUGCAUCCUUACACCAGAGUUUAUGUGCAUCCUUACACCAGAGUUUAUGUGCAUCCUUACACCAGAGUUUAUGUGCAUCCUUACACCAGAGUUUAUGUGCAUCCUUACACCAGAGUUUAUGUGCAUCCUUACACCAGAGUUUAUGUGCAUCCUUACACCAGAGUUUAUGUGCAUCCUUACACCAGAGUUUAUGUGCAUCCUUACACCAGAGUUUAUGUGCAUCCUUACACCAGAUUUUAUGUGCAUCCUUACACCAGAGUUUAUGUGCAUCCUUACACCAGAGUUUAUGUGCAUCCUUACACCAGAGUUUAUGUGCAUCCUUACACCAGAGUUUAUGUGCAUCCUUACACCAGAGUUUAUGUGCAUCCUUACACCAGAGUUUAUGUGCAUCCUUACACCAGAGUUUAUGUGCAUCCUUACACCAGAGUUUAUGUGCAUCCUUACACCAGAGUUUAUGUGCAUCCUUACACCAGAGUUUAUGUGCAUCCUUACACCAGAGUUUAUGUGCAUCCUUACACCAGAGUUUAUGUGCAUCCUUACACCAGAGUUUAUGUGCAUCCUUACACCAGAGUUUAUGUGCAUCCUUACACCAGAGUUUAUGUGCAUCCUUACACCAGAGUUUAUGUGCAUCCUUACACCAGAGUUUAUGUGCAUCCUUACACCAGAGUUUAUGUGCAUCCUUACACCAGAGUUUAUGUGCAUCCUUACACCAGAGUUUAUGUGCAUCCUUACACCAGAGUUUAUGUGCAUCCUUACACCAGAGUUUAUGUGCAUCCUUACACCAGAGUUUAUGUGCAUCCUUACACCAGAGUUUAUGUGCAUCCUUACACCAGAGUUUAUGUGCAUCCUUACACCAGAGUUUAUGUGCAUCCUUACACCAGAGUUUAUGUGCAUCCUUACACCAGAGUUUAUGUGCAUCCUUACACCAGAGUUUAUGUGCAUCCUUACACCAGAGUUUAUGUGCAUCCUUACACCAGAGUUUAUGUGCAUCCUUACACCAGAGUUUAUGUGCAUCCUUACACCAGAGUUUAUGUGCAUCCUUACACCAGAGUUUAUGUGCAUCCUUACACCAGAGUUUAUGUGCAUCCUUACACCAGAGUUUAUGUGCAUCCUUACACCAGAGUUUAUGUGCAUCCUUACACCAGAGUUUAUGUGCAUCCUUACACCAGAGUUUAUGUGCAUCCUUACACCAGAGUUUAUGUGCAUCCUUACACCAGAGUUUAUGUGCAUCCUUACACCAGAGUUUAUGUGCAUCCUUACACCAGAGUUUAUGUGCAUCCUUACACCAGAGUUUAUGUGCAUCCUUACACCAGAGUUUAUGUGCAUCCUUACACCAGAGUUUAUGUGCAUCCUUACACCAGAGUUUAUGUGCAUCCUUACACCAGAGUUUAUGUGCAUCCUUACACCAGAGUUUAUGUGCAUCCUUACACCAGAGUUUAUGUGCAUCCUUACACCAGAGUUUAUGUGCAUCCUUACACCAGAGUUUAUGUGCAUCCUUACACCAGAGUUUAUGUGCAUCCUUACACCAGAGUUUAUGUGCAUCCUUACACCAGAGUUUAUGUGCAUCCUUACACCAGAGUUUAUGUGCAUCCUUACACCAGAGUUUAUGUGCAUCCUUACACCAGAGUUUAUGUGCAUCCUUACACCAGAGUUUAUGUGCAUCCUUACACCAGAGUUUAUGUGCAUCCUUACACCAGAGUUUAUGUGCAUCCUUACACCAGAGUUUAUGUGCAUCCUUACACCAGAGUUUAUGUGCAUCCUUACACCAGAGUUUAUGUGCAUCCUUACACCAGAGUUUAUGUGCAUCCUUACACCAGAGUUUAUGUGCAUACUUACACCAGAGCCUUGGCUACAGUACACGACCCCGGCAAUAAUUCAUUGUAUGUCGAUGUCAGGAUGCACGUGA